AGGAAGAGGAAGAGGAGGGGUGUUUCUGUGGAUGGGCAGCUGUCCUGCUGUUCUUUGUGUCAGGACGUCCUGAAGGAUCCAGUGUCUACCAGCUGUGGACACUGGUUCUGCAGACAGUGCAUCACUUCAUACUGGGACCAGUCUGCUUCAUCAGGAGACUCCUCUUGUCCCCAGUGUGCAGAAAGAUCCAGAACAAGACCUGGACUGCAGACAGACAGUCAGACCAGCACUGUACAAACAGAAAGUGGUCUGCAGGAGGUUUUAGAUGAACAUAAGAUCAGUCUGAGGAGGAAAUGUCAACAUGUGACUGAAGGAACUGAUGAAGCAGGAAGUGAAACCCUCCUCAACAGGAUCUACACUGAGCUCUACAUCACAGAGGGACAGAGUGAAGACGUUAAUACCCAACAUGAGGUGAGGCAGCUUGAAGCAGCUCCCAAGAUGGAGACCCUCCAUGACACUCCAAUCAGGUGUCACGACAUCUUUAAAGUCUUACCUGACCAACAGAAACUCAUCAGAGUCGUUCUGACGAACGGCGUCGCUGGCGUUGGAAAAACCUUCUCAGUGCAGAAGUUCACUCUGGACUGGGCAGAGGGCUUGGAAAACCAAGAUGUCAGUCUGGUGAUUCCACUUUCAUUCAGGGAGCUGAACUUGAUCAAAGAUGAGCAGUACAGUCUCCUCAUGCUGAUCCAUGAUUUCCAUCCAACAUUAAAGAAGGUCACAGCAGAGAAGCUCAAUGACUGGAAAGUUUUGUUCAUCUUUGACGGCCUGGAUGAAAGCAGACUUUCACUGGAUUUCAACAACAGGAAGGUCGUGUCUGAUGUCACACAAAAGUCAUCAGUCAACGUAUUGUUGACAAACCUCAUCAAGGGUAAUUUGCUUCCCUUGGCUCUCAUCUGGAUAACCUCCCGACCUGCAGCAGCCAAUCAGAUCCCUCCUACAUGUGUUGACAGGGUAACAGAAGUACGAGGCUUCACUGACGCCCAGAAGGAGGAGUACUUCAGGAGGAGAUUCAGUGAUGAAGAGCUGUCCAGCAGAACCAUCUCACACAUCAAGACAUCCAGGAGCCUCCACAUCAUGUGUCUCAUCCCAGUCUUCUGCUGGAUCACUGCUACAGUUCUGGAGCACAUGUUGACUACAGACCAGAGAGGAGAGCUGCCCAAGACCCUGACUGACCUGUACUCACACUUCCUGCUAGUUCAGACAAAGAGGAAGAAGCACAAGUAUGAUGAGGUACAUGAGACGAGUCCACAGGAGCUGACGAAGGCUGACAGGGAAGUUCUUCUGAAGCUGGGGAGGCUUGCGUUUGAACAACUGGAGAAAGGAAACAUCAUGUUCUACCAAGAAGAUCUGGAGCAGUGUGGUCUUGAUGUCACAGAGGCCUCGGUGUUAUCAGGAUUUUGUACACAGAUCUUCAAAAGAGAGAGUGUGAUCUUCCAGAAAACAGUCUACAGCUUUGUUCAUCUGAGUGUUCAGGAGUUUCUGGCUGCAGUCUACAUGUACCACUGUUACACCAACAGGAACACAAAGGUACUGGAGGACUUCCUGAAACACAGGGAAUCAAUACUAAAGUCUUUACUCAAGAAAUUUUCAGCUUUAUUCGGAAACAAUGAUAGGCGUUACCCAUCUGAAAAUAAUCACGAUUACUCAUCUCUGGAUGUCUUCCUGAUGGGAGCCAUGGAGAAAUCUCUCAAAAGUGAAAAUGGCCACCUGGACCUGUUUGUUCGCUUCCUUCAUGGCCUCUCUCUGGAGUCCAACCAGAGUCUCUUAGGAGGCCUGCUGGGUCGGACAGAGAACAGUCCAGAAAUCAUCCAGAGAGCCAUCAACAACCUGAAGGAGAUGAACAUUAAUGUCUCUCCUGACAGAAGCAUCAACAUCUUCCACUGUCUGAUGGAGAUGAACGACCACUCAGUGCAUCAGGAGAUCCAAGAGUUCCUGAAGUCAGAGAACAGAUCAGAGAAGGAACUCUCUGAGUUCCACUGCUCAGCUCUGGCCUACAUGCUGCAGAUGUCAGAGGAGGUUCUGGAUGAGUUGGACCUGGAGAAGUACAACACAUCACUGGAGGGACGACUGAGACUGAUCCCAGCUGUGAGGAACUGCAGAAAGGCUCAACUUUCUAACUGUGGACUCUCAGAGAUUCACUGUGAAGUUGUGGCCUCAGCUCUGAAGUCCAACCCCUCCCAUCUGAGAGAGCUGGAUCUGAGUAGAAAUGACCUGUCAGACUCAGCGGUGAAGCUUCUGUGUGCUGGACUGGAGAGUCCAAACUGUAAACUAAAGACUCUGAGAUUGAGGAACUGCAGGUUGUCAGGGAUCAGCUGUGUUUCUCUGGCCUCAGCUCUGAAGUCCAACCCCUCCCAUCUGAGAGAGCUGGAUCUGCAAGGAAACAACCUGUCUGACUCAGCAGUGAAGCUUCUGUCUGCUGGACUGGAGAGUCCAAACUAUAAACUGGAGACUCUGAGAUUGAGAUUCUGCAGUUUGUCAGAGAUCAGCUGUAUUUCUCUGGCCUCAGCUCUGAAGUCCAACCCCUCCCAUCUGAGAGAGCUGGAUCUGGGCUACAAUGACCUUUCUGACUCAGCAGUGAAGCUUCUGUGUGCUGGACUGGAGAGUCCAAACUGUAAACUGGAGACUCUGAGAUUGUGGAGCUGCAGGUUGUCAGAAAUCAGCUGUGAUUCUCUAGUCCCAGCUCUUAAGUCCAACCCCUCCCAUCUGAGAGAGCUGGACAUGAGUGAAAACAACCUGUCUGACUCAGCAGUGAAGCUUCUGUGUGCUGGACUGGAGAGUCCAAACUGUAAACUGGAGACUCUGAGAUUGAGGAACUGCAAGUUGUCAGAGAUCAGCUGUGUUUCUCUGGCCUCAGCUCUGAAGUCCAACCCCUCCCAUCUGAGAGAGCUGGAUCUGAGCUACAACGACCUGAAGAGGUCAGAUGUGAGGCUGCUGUCUGAUCUUAAGAAGAGUCCAGACGGUAGACUGGAGACUCUGAGGUCAGUAGAGAGUUGGAGUCAGUCCGUGCUGGUUUCAGCAGUCUUGUAUUAA